UUGAAUGUCCGAAUGUGUGAAUAUAAAACAAACACUACCUCGGUGUUUUGACGCGCGUGCAUAUCAUAAAGGUUUCGAUAUUCACCGGCAAUCUUUGCCGCAUUGGUUCCGCCUUCACUCCAGCUGAUCGGCCUUGAUUACCUGGUGUUGUCCGUCGGACUUUACGCGACCGUUAAUUAUAAAUUAUCAAUUAAAAACUGUAUGGUUGAUAGCGGCCGCUAGUUUCGGGAAAACACUCCAUGUUCGUUGACAUUUUCAUCCGGAUAUUUUUUAUUUUAUUUUUUACUGUGGAUGUUAUUUCUUUAGUUCGUGUCUUGGAAUCUCUCUACAGUACCAUAACUAGGCCGCAACCCAAUCCCCGGUGUCACCUACGUUUAUUUAACGUUAACUAGCCAUCGACUGGAGACAACCAUGUGGGACACAGGCAGUGAACGAAGCAAGCCGCCACCACGCGGUUCCUGUGGAUUUUGGGGUUCCAAGUUUGCUGAUGACACGACUGUAGUAGGCCAGAUAACCAACAACGAUGAGACGGCCUACAGGGAGGAGGAUGUGAGGGCCCUCGCAGUGUUCUACAGGAGCACCAUCGAGAGCAUACUGUCGGCUUACAUCACGUCCUGGUAUGGCAACUACACCGCCUCUGACCGCAAUGCGCUACAGAGGGUGGUGCGCUCAGCCAAACGCACCAUUGGAUAUCUGUUUGUUCACGUCCCUGCUGCUGUGUUGUCACAAGCUGGUGUCCCGCUCUGCUGCUGUGGCCGGCAUGGAGUGGCUUUAGAGAUGCUGUGUAAACGGGGAUUGUGUGAAGAUGAGGGAGGAGAAACCCUCUCUCCUCCACCAUUACGCUCCACGGGCCUACUGCUGGAUAGUGGAUCCAUACUGUCCUGCCACAUUGAGAAGAAGCAUCCAGGCGAGGACUGUGCCCCAGAGCCUGCCCUCAGCUCAAGCAACAGCCAGUCAGUCAUCUUCUAUAGCGAAUCAAGCAGCAGCAGUAGCCAAUCUCUUUCGUCAGCGCCUGUCAGCUCAGAGGACCCGUUGCCCGGAGACACAGAAGCCACGCCUCUACCUGAACAAGAUGAAGUCUCCAGCACAGACACAGCCCAAGGCAUACUAGUAUCCACCCCCACAAAACGGCCCUGCAACUCAGGCUAUGUGUCCCGCAUGCUCCACCGGCUGCCCGAGCAACACAACUGCCUCUUCGACCACCUGGGGCGCGGGCGCGAAGAAGCCGCCCUCAAGAUGGUCAAGCUUUAUUGCAAGAUGGGCCGCUCAUGCCAGCGCAUCGGUGAGGAGUGCUCCUGAACCCCCCCCCAACCCAAACCCCGAUGAUGAAAGCAAGGAAGAGGAAAGAGACUGCGUCCUGAAUCAUUCAUCUUUAUCCAGAAAUGUACAGACCCCGUCAUGGAUUUCUUAAAAGAAUAGGAUUGGUGUUAAAGCAUUGUUGCUGCGUUGUUAAAUCGAUGUGAGAAAGUGUGUAAGUGGAGACUUCGGGGAAAAGGUGGCAAAUGGGGACGGAGACAAAUGCUCACUUUAUACUCACUUUUCUCCCCAGUGCCCCUUUUUGUUGUGACAAUGCUCUUAACUCAAAUAAGCAGACAAAGCACUUCUAGUUUUCGCGCCCCGACAAGGGACUGCUAAAGUCACCUAUCUGUCACUUCCCGGUCUGCCAACCUCAUAAUAAAGACCAGAGCCCCCUCAUUUCAUCACUAUUAUCACAGAGUGGGAUGAAGUUAACCCCUAAACACUGAUCUAAGGUCAGUUUUGAGUUCAGCUCAAUCCAGUGAUUAAGGGUAUGAUGCAAGGGAGGUUAAGUUGAUCUUAGAUCUGUACCUAAGGGGGCACCUACCACCCCAAGACAUCUCUUGAAUCCCUCUCCCUCCACUGUUUUGUGAUUUUUGAGCGUAUCACACCCACCACUGCUUCUCAGCCUUAACCCCUCCCAUCUCCAGAUCAGGGACAUCCCUGUUCAGAAAAAACUAUAGCCCUCUGCUGCUUAUUGCUACUGUCCUUAUCAUCAUCACCACCACCUCAGGUUGUGGGAGAAUACAAUUAGAGGGGUUUACAGGGGGGAGAGGCAGGGGGGGUUGGACUAUUGCAACUCCCUUCCCUUUACCCCCUCCCUUUCUGACCUGCCUGCUGCUGUUGACACAGCAGCCAUUUUCUGUAACUUGGGAGAGAGAACUUUCUUUCUAGACAACAGGCACCGAUCGUCCCCUAGUUAGGGGGGGUUGGAUUAAAAAUGGAACAGUCUGUCUGUCAGCGAUUUAAUCCAUCUCCCCGAGUGAGUUUUAGUCACUAUGGAGACGGAAAACACACCCCUUGAGAUUUCCUUUGGCCAUGAUGUUCAUGCUACUACGGGUGCUGGCCAAGGAUAAACUUCUAAGAUGGACACAAAAGCAAAGGGCUGUCACGAGACCUCUAUAUGUGCCUCUAUCGAAAUCUGGUUCUCCCUGCACACAUGCGCACAUACAUACACAAACACUCUUUUACAUACAGUUCAACCCACGUGCGCAGAGCAAAAUCAAGUGGUACACAUUGGAGUGUGCUGAAUUUGUGGAGAACCUUUGACAAAGUUAUUCAGUGGGACGCUCAUGGUUUUUCAGGUUUCGCUCGAUAUAACUCAUAAUAUCUUAGCCGUGGACUUCAUUUCCCAUCAGCCCCCACUGUUUGAAAUGUUUCUGCGACGCCUCUGUCUCUCGAUGCCAUCCCGACCCCUCAGUGGGAUUCUAAUGCCCUCUUUCUUUCACAGAUUCCCUUCUUCCUGCCCUUGCCCGUCGCACACCACUGUCUUUCUCCCUCUCUCCUUUCACUCUCUCCAUUCCGUUUCCAGACAGCAUGUCUUGCUCUCACCCACCUUACUCUCCAUUAAUCCUUCCCUCUUUCAUUCUCAUUUCUCCACAGUAUUGAUUUUCUCACUUGCGCUCUCUCUCUCACACACACACACACACACACCUCUUUCUUUCUUGCCAAACAGCGAACACUGAGUGAGAGGUUGGGGCCUGGCCAUAGGUGGGGCUGUGGGGCUGCAAGCUGAGCGCGGAGGAAAAAUUGAAUAGAAAUUGAAUCGUCGUAAAAUAAUAUUGUGUAUCUUAAAGAAAAAUCUUUAACCCUCUGUUUUUUUUCAAUCUUAUUUUACUUACACAUUAGCGUAGUGCUGCAUUUUUUGUUUUACAUUGUAAGAAAAAAUGGAUAAGAGAAUUCUGUAGCCUUCAUUUUCUUUUGUUCCCUUUUGUUGCUGAAAAAUAAAGUAAUAAACUGGAUGAGA